GUACCCAUAAUCAAGGUGAAACACUGCAACAGCUUGCUCAGGACCUGGAAAGUAUGGCUCAUAGGGCAUACCCUAGAACAUUUCCUGUUCUGUUAGUCGUGUUGUUGAGGGACCAGUUUGUGGACGCAUUGGACAGCACGCAUCUCAAAAUUCAGGUGAAGCAGUCCCAACCGUUAACUCUACAGCAAGCUUUGGCUAAAGCCCUGGAGUUUGAAUUGUAUGUGAGGUUAAGUUUACCAAGCAUCAGGACGGUGUCUAGCUCCGGGUUUAAAGCACGAAAGGGUCAAGUACAAGUAACAGAGAGAUUUAAAGGAACCUGCUGGUAUUGUGAGAAGAUUGGACACAAACAGGAGGAUUGUUACAAGCGGGAGCGAGAGAAAGGCAAUGCAGAGAGAGAGGUUGUUGGACGUGUGGAGAAGAUGGACAUUUCAAGACUAAGUACCCACAGAAUUCCAAGAGGGGGGAAGAAGAGCAGCCCACUAAGAUGGGGAAACUAGAGAUGGCUGGUGUUGAGGAGCAACAACCAGCCUGUCUCACCAGAGCCCCACUGUUGACAAAAUGCAACCGAGCCACUGUAAGCAGUGUCCAGGUUGAAGGAGAGAUCGAUGGCGUAAGGUGUCCGUCGGUGAUCGACACAAGCAGACUUUUACGAGGCCGGACGUGGUUAGUCAUCGAAAACUACCCGAGACGUUGCAGCAGCUGUGCGGGAUAACCGGACACUGCACAAUGCUAAAGGGACCAGUGAAUAUCACCAUCAAGCUCGGAGAGGAAGAAGAAACCCUACAGGUUUAUGUAGCGGAUAUAGAAGACUCUUGCAUUCUGGGCCUGGACUACCUCCUACCUCGCAAGUGUCAACUGGACCUUGGCUCGAUGCAUUUGAAAAUCAAGGAAAAGUGGGUUUCGCUGAAGACUGUGAAGCAUGCAAGUGCUAAGGUUACAGCUAGGCGGACAGUAGUUACACCCCAAGAUCAGAGGUGCUGUUGCCAUACAAGGUGAACGGUGCCUUGCAUACCCGUCUGGGAAUGGUGGAGCCCGAUGAGCAGUGUGGAGUCGAAGAUGGAGUGAUGGCGGGGAGAAUUUUCGCCGAUCCUUCUGCAGAGGAGGUAUCUGUAAUUGUGGCCAAUUUCUCUUUCCGACCAAAGAAGAUACAAAAGGGAGUGACCGUUGGACUGUGCCAAGAGGUCAACCAGGAGCAGCAGCCCAAGACCUGCAAGAGGAGCAUGGUCAAGCAGAAAAAUGGUCAGCUUGACCAUUUGCAGGACUUGUUUGCCAGGAGCUCCCAGUGCCUGGAUGAGGCUCAAGUGAUACAACUGGAACAGUUGUUAUUAAAGUAUAUGGACGUCUUGUCUGCAGGGGACUUAGACCUGAGGUGUACAAACCUGGUACAGCAUCACAUUGACACCGGGGAUCACCGCCCAAUCAAGCAGCCGCCUUGGAGGAUAGCACCAACCAGCUUGUUGCCAGGAAAUGGAGAAGGCGGUAUGGGGCCUUAUUCACCAAGGUCUCAUCGAGAAGUCCAGCAGUACGUGGGCGUCAGGAAUCGUCCCAGUGAGGAAGAAAGAGGCUCAAUGCAGUGCCGUGUGGAUUACCGCACCCUCAAAGACGUUGCGGUGAAGGACUCUUACUCCCCAGAAGUCCACGCACAGGCGGCAGGGGCCCCCAGGGGCGGUGGCAGCGCCAGGAGCCCUGCUACAUGCAGCAGCGCCCCUAGGAGCCCUCACAGGGGUGGCGGCGCCUACACAUGCCCUUCAGCCCUGUCCUCCUGCGGGACACACACACAUGCAUUAAAGCCCUGACCU